AUGGCUUCAAACUCCGAUUUAGACAAACAAAUUGAAAAGUUAAAACGUUGUGAACUCAUCAAAGAAUCAGAGGUUAAAGCACUUUGUCAAAAAGCAAAGGAGAUUCUGAUUGAAGAAGCUAACGUACAACGUGUUUUUGCUCCAGUAACCGUUUGUGGUGAUAUUCACGGUCAAUUCUAUGAUCUGAAAGAACUUUUUAAAGUCGGAGGUGAUAUUCCUGAUACAAAUUAUUUAUUCAUGGGAGAUUUUGUGGACAGAGGAUUUUACAGUGUGGAAACAUUCUUAUUAUUACUUGCCCUUAAAGUUAGAUAUCCUGAUCGUAUUACACUCAUUAGAGGUAAUCACGAAAGUAGACAAAUCACACAAGUCUAUGGAUUUUAUGAUGAAUGCCUCAGAAAAUACGGAAGUGUAAACGUUUGGAGAUACUGUACUGAAAUAUUUGAUUAUCUGAGUUUAUCUGCCUUGAUUGAAGAUAAGGUGUUUUGUGUCCAUGGAGGACUCUCCCCUUCAAUCACCACUCUUGAUCAAAUCCGUAAAAUUGACAGAAAACAAGAAGUACCACACGACGGUCCAAUGUGCGAUUUGUUGUGGUCUGACCCUGACGAUAUUGAUGGUUGGGGCUUGAGCCCAAGAGGAGCCGGAUAUUUGUUUGGAGGAGACGUUGUGGCUCAAUUCAACCAAACCAAUGGUAUUGAACUCAUUUGCCGUGCUCACCAACUUGUUAUGGAGGGCUUUAAGCACAUGUUCAAUGAAAGCUUGGUCACAGUCUGGUCUGCUCCAAACUAUUGCUACAGAUGUGGUAACGUAGCUGCAAUUCUGGAACUAGACGAAAAUUUAAAGAGGAAUUUCAAAGUUUUCGAGUCUGCACCACAAGAGUCUCGUGGCAUUCCAGGCAAAAAGCCAGCUCCUGAUUAUUUCUUGUAA